GUCAUUACUGAAACAGAAAUACAACAACAAUAUUGUCUAAAAAAUAUCGCUAUAGAAAAAAUAUUUACUAUGUUUGACAAUUUGAACAAUAUUGAGAAACCCGUAUUACCAAAGACAAAAUUAUUAAAAUUAAGCUGGCGACAUCAAUUCAACGAAUUUUUUAACAAAAGUACACUGCAUGGCGUUAGAUAUAUAGCUCAAUCUGAUCGCCCACUUCACGAACGAUUUAUGUGGUUCAGUUUUUUGUCAGUGGGAAUCGUAAUUACUUCAAUCAUUAUAGUAUCACUAUGGGAAAAAUUUCAAACCAGUCCAACUAUAACUGGACUCGAUACUGAUUUUCAUAAUUGGGAUGUUCAAUUUCCAGCUAUUACUAUAUGUCCAAAGAAACCUAUAAUGGAUGAAAAACUACAAGAAUAUGUUAACAGUAUUUAUGGAAACGAUACUGAAGAAGAGAUCCUAGAUAAAUUUACUCAAUUUGUAACUGAAGUGGCAUCAUUUUCCUACAGCAAUAUAAAAAAUUUUGAAGUACUAGCAGAAAAUAAAUGGUUGCCAAGAGAACAUUUAAAAGAUAUCGCUUACAAGGUGGUUUACCACUGUGAAGAUUUACUAUAUGGCUGCGUGUUCAAAGGCGAACCAUACAAUUGCUGUAUUGGUUUUGAGCCAACAUUCACGGAAUAUGGAUUGUGUUAUAGUUUUAACGCUCGACAUGUUCAAUUAGACUGGCCUUGGAUACCUGAAAACUAUACAAAACUAAAGACGGAAUACGUUUUUGAAACUGAUACAAAGUUAGCUCUUUCGUUUAACAUGGAAAAUGUCACAAAAAAUCCACUUAAAAUAUUUAUACACAGUACAGAGGACAUGUUGAUUAUAGACUCAUCGCCUCAGCAUUUGUGGACACGAAGGAUAGCUAAGAUAUAUUUUGAUAGUAAGCAGACUUACACAACUGAUGGCGCCCGACAGUUAACAAUUAAACAAAGAAAAUGCGUUUUUCCUGAUGAAAUACCCCUAGUUACUGAUUAUAUUUAUACAUUCAGUGCUUGCAUGACACAAUGUCGAAUGGAUAAAACAAGACACAUAUGCGGCUGUGUGCCUUGGUUCUAUAAGAAAAUAAAGGGCUACAAACAUUGCAAUUUAGAUGGUCUUGCUUGUAUCGCAAAAAAUCUUGAAUAUGUUCUCAAUGGACUCACUUGCUCAUGUGAAUUAGGAUGCAUGAAUACGGUAUAUGAAGUUGAAAAACUUCAAGACGCCCAGGCUGAUUUGAUUGACGAACCUUUGGAAAUCAGUUUUGUUUCUUGGCCUAUGGUUAGAUACAGAAGAGAAGUUCUUUUCGGUUGGGUAGAUUUGCUUGUUGCAUUUGGUGGCAUUGCUGGUUUAUUUUUAGGUUUCAGUUUAUUAAGUGGAGUAGAAAUUUUGUAUUAUUUCACUUUGAGAGCAUGUUGUAUGGUUAACAGUAAUUCUGAAGAACUAGAAAAAUUAAAUGAAGAGUAUGAACAUUAUAAUCAACCUGAAAUUGAUUUAGGUCUGAAACCACUAUGGGCUGAUAAUGAACCACCAAAGACCAAACAAAAUUUGAAUAAGAAAAUUGAUCCCUUUGUAUUACCAUUUUUACCAUAAAAUAUUAGUAAAUAAAAACAAAAUUCAGGUUCAAUUAAAAUUUUAUAGAAAUUUAGAAGAUUUUUUGUAUUAAUGUAACAAAUUAUAAAUAAAACAAAUCACUAAGUAACAUAUGUUUAUAACUAAAAAAUAUAUAUCCUAAAUAUAUUUAAAUAUAAAUUAUUA